AUGUGCAAGCUUGAUUUUCUCAAGAUAUUGGAUCUUUCAAAUAACAAAUUAUCAGGGCCAAUUCCAAGUUGUUGUGGAGUCAGUCUAUUCGCUUUGAAAAAUGUGGAGUCAGUCUUUGUGGAGUCAGUCUAUCUGCAUUUAGAAAUCAUCAUCCAUUAUCAUAGUCAGGGUGGAAACUCUUCCAACAACCUCCACCACCUUGAUUUGUCAGAUAAUGGCAAUCUUAAAGCUGAUCAUAUGCUUCAUUGGAUUUCUAAUCUUUCCUUUCUGCAGUAUCAGGACCUCACUGGAAUUAAUCUUCAAGAUGAAACUAAUUGGCUUCAGUUAGUUAAAUUGCUUCCUUCUAUUUCAAAGUUAUAUUUAGAGUAUUGCAGACUUCGAGACAUUUAUCCAUCCCUGCAAUACGCCAAUUUUACUGCACUUAACGUCCUUGAUCUUUCCAACAAUGAUUUUGUUCAAGCUAAGUUACCAAACUGGAUUUUCAAUUUCAGUUCUGGUGAGCUCAACAUCUCUUCUUUGUUUGAGCUUCAAUUUUUAAGUUUUUUGGAGUUGGGCAAUAAUGAUUUCAGCAUCAUCCAUUAUCAUGGUCAGUAUCAGGACCUCACUGGCAUUAAUCUUCAAGAUGAAACUAAUUGGCUUCAGUUAGUUAGAUUGCUUCCUUCUAUUUCACAGUUACAUUUGGAGUAUUGCGGACUUCAAGACAUUUAUCCAUCCCUACAAUACGCCAAUUUUACUGCACUUAACGUCCUUGAUCUUUCCAACAAUGAUUUUGUUCAAGCUAAGUUACCAAACUGGAUUUUCAAUUUCAGUUCUGGUGAGCUCAACAUCUCUUCUUUGUUUGAGCUUCAAUUUCUAAGUUUUUUGGAGUUGGGCAAUAAUGAUUUCAGCAUCAUCCAUUAUCAUGGUCAGGGUAAAAACUCUUCCAACAACCUCCACCACCUUGAUUUGUCAGAUAAUGGCAAUCUUAAAGCUGAUCAUAUGCUUCAUUGUAUUUCUAAUCUUUCUUUUCUGCAGUAUCAGGACCUCACUGGCAUUAAUCUUCAAGAUGAAACUAAUUGGCUUCAGUUAGUUAGAUUGCUUCCUUCUAUUUCACAGUUACAUUUGGAGUAUUGCGAACUUCGAGACAUUUAUCCAUCCCUACAAUAUGCCAAUUUUACUGCACUUAACGUCCUUAAUCUUUCCAACAAUGAUUUUGUUCAAGCUAACUUACCAAAAUGGAUUUUCAAUUUCAGUUCUGGUAUAUCAGCUAUUUUCCUCUCAAAAAAUUCAUUGCAAGGCAACUUCCUCAAAUAUUUCCACACUUUCAAAGCCUUGAUUCCUUAUUUUUGGAUGACAAUGAUCUCAAUGGAUCCAUUCCAAAUUGGAUGGGUCAACUUGGGAAACUAA